AUGGCGAGCAGUCUCGCAAACAGAGCAGCUUCAAUGGAGAGAACGGCUAGCUUCUUUCGGCUCUCCUUCAGAUUUCUUAGAAAUUUCAGCGAUUCCACCACUACUCCUGCAACUUCGCCGGCGGUUGGGGAAGCCAAGAAGCCCAAGAGGAAGAAGAAGAAAAACCUAUUCGAGGUGGCUCAGUUUCUACCCAAUUGGGGCAUCGGAUACCACAUGGCCAAGACUCACUGGAUCGGCGUAUCCUAUCAGAUCACCAAGAUUAAUCUCUAUAAGGAUGGUAGACACGGGAAGGCUUGGGGACUUGUUCAUAAGGAUGGUUUGCCAGCUGCAGAUGCUCCCAAGAAAAUAAGUGGAGUUCAUAAACGCUGUUGGAGAUACCUUGCAAACUCAAAGAAGCCAGAAGAGAUCACCCCAAAACCAGAGGUUCCAGCUGCUUGA